AUGAACUCCAUCAGUAAUAUUGCUAAAUCCGAACAGGAGGCAGAGGCCGAAAAUGAAACUCUUAAGCAAUUCCGAGACAUCACCAAUAAAGAUGCGCAUGCUAAAGUACAUGAAAAAUUAUCAACUUUAAAACGUGGCAUUAAUAAGGUGGAAUCCCCAGCGGAUUAUUUACAGCUAGACGGUCGAGAACUCACGGCAUCCCUAUUACAGAACAUAUUCCGAGGAACAUUCGAGUUUCUUAAUAACGAAGAAAUUAAUAUUUUAUACAUUGAUGGCGGCAAUGGGGACGUCAUAGAUUGGUUUUACACUAAAGAAAAAAUUGUUUCUCGCAAGAAAGUAUAUAUGCAUUUAAUUGAACCCAACCAAAAAUCUGUCUCCUGUGAUGAAAAAAUAAAGAAUACCCUCCUAUAUCUUGGUAAAUGUUAUACCGGAAAGGUUCAAGAUUAUUAUAGACCUAGUCAAAAACCACCAACGAAACUCCGAGAAACUUUCGACUUCAUCAACUUUACGCAUGCAAUCCACAAUUUAACAGAUUACAGCGACAAGGGUGCCGACCCGUAUGCGGAUAUCAUCGAUUUCGUUAAAUACUUUUAUGGUCUGCUGAGAACCGGAAGCGCAAUGUUUAUAGCCUAUUAUGAUGCGAGUUCCGAAUUUUCCUAUAUUAACAUUGAAUACUACAAAGAUCGUCUUCACGAUUUGGUGACAGUGGAAAAUGCGAAUAAGGCCAUCGAUGCACGCGAAAAACUUUUAUAUGAGGGAGAGAUUCUCCAAGUCUUAAAUAGGGAAGAAUCCGCAACGAAAGCGAAACUUGAAUCUCAUAAAAUAUCAUCUUCUUACUACGCAAAGACCUUAGCGGAUCUGGCUGUGAUAGGAUUGGGUAGCGACUUGUUGAAACCUAAUAAUGAGAGAUUUGAUAGUAAUAAGUUGGAUUAUCUUUUAACGAAUAUUAGAGAUUCUGCUACAAAGGAAGUCGGCAAAGGUGAAAGGAGAAAAUAUGGUUUAUCCAGGGCCGAACGCGGAAGAGAGGCUUUGUGGAAGGUUGAAUGCCCAUUAGUUAUUUGCGUCAUCCGCAAAGAAGUUGCGUGA